AUGCCAUCGGAAGAGUUUGUUCGUGGGAUGCUCUAUCUGUCCCUCACCAUUGUUGGAGUCCCAGGUAACUCUGCUGUCAUCCUGGCAUUCCUCCUACUGCUGCACCAGGAGAACCGGCUCCUUCCAGCGGAUGCCAUCGUCUUGCAUCUGGCCUGCGCAAACCUGCUGGUGGUGGGUGUUCGCUGUCUGCUGGAGGUCUUGGCCUCCUUUCGCCUGGCCAGCAUCUUUGGAGACGUAAGCUGUAAAGCUGUGAUUUUUGUCUACAGGACCUCCCGCUCCCUCUCCAUCUGGCUCACCUUCAUCCUGAGCGCCUACCAGUGCCUGAGCAUUGCCCCUCCCGGAUCACACUGGGCCUCCGCCCGCGCCUGGGUAGCCAACUAUUUGGGCUUUGUGUUCCUCUUCCUCUGGCUCCUCAACACCUGCAUGAGCUCAGCAGCCAUACUUUUCUCCUUUGGCAGACAGAAUAACUCCAGCUUGACAAGCCAUGGCAUUAAUGUAGAAUUCUGCUAUGUGCGCUUCCCCUCAAAGCUGUCCAAAGAGGCCAACGGGGCAGCCCAAGUGGGCAGAGAUGUGGUUCCCAUGGCCCUCAUGACUCUAGCCAGUCUCAUUAUCCUAGUCUUCCUUUACAAGCACAGCCAACAGGUGAAGGGACUGCGCAGCAGUAGUGGUGGCGGUGGAGGAGGUGGUGGGGCCGAGCAACGAGCUGCCAAAGCCGUGGUAGCGCUCGUGACCUUGUAUGUGGUCCUCUACGGGGUAGAUAACGGGCUUUGGGUGUACACUCUCACCGUGAGGCAGACCAUGAAUUCCUCACUGAUCUCUGACCUGCGUAUAUUCUUCUCCUCGCUCUAUGCAGCGCUAAGCCCUAUGGUCAUCAUUGCUUCCAACAGGAAGGUGAAUGGCAGGCUGAGGUGUGUAGUGCAGGAGAAGCCUGUUCAGGAGAAAGCCACAAGUCUUUCUACUAUGUGA